AGACAAUCCGCUUCCCAAACCGGUCACCCAAAUCUUCGGUUGUGUCAGUAGCUUCGUAUCCUACCAGCAAUGGUGGGUUCUGCUGCGCCCUCCCUUCGACCCUCCUUUUUCCCAAACUGCCCGUCAACGACCCUUUCCCCUCCUUUGCAGUUACGACCCUCCUUCCCUCUCUUAUACCUCCCUCUUCCCAAACUACCCCUACAAAAAACCUCAAAAUUCUACUUAUCCUCUACCGCCUCUCCCUCCCUCCAUCGCCGAUCUAACUCAACUCGCCCCGCCCUUGAAUCAGACGCUCCUCAUCCUACCCACAAGGGAUUGAAGAAGGAGAAGACCUUGGUUGAAUGGGAUUCCUUAACGGCGAAAUUCGCUGGGGCUUCAAACAUUCCAUUCCUGUUACUCCAGCUCCCUCAGAUCACUCUCAAUGCCCAAAAUCUCAUGGCGGGAAACAAAACCGCUCUCUUAGCUGUUCCAUGGCUCGGUAUGCUGACCGGCUUGUUGGGGAACCUUUCACUGCUUUCGUACUUUGCUAAGAAGAAGGAGAUGGAAGCCAUUCUCGUCCAGACAUUGGGAGUUGUGUCUAUAUAUGUUGUAAUAGUGCAGCUCGCUAUGGCGGAAGCCAUGCCUAUUCCACAGUUCACGGCAGCCUCUGUUGUCGUGGCUUCCGGCCUUGUCCUGAAUUUCCUGAACUAUUUUAACUUGCUUGAUGCCAGGAUCUGGCGGUUUUGGGAAGAUUUUAUUACUGUCGGUGGCCUCUCUAUUCUUCCUCAGGUUAUGUGGUCGACCUUUGUUCCUUUCAUUCCUAACAGCAUUUUUCCAGGGACAAUUGCUUUUAUUGUGGCAGUUGUUGUUGUCGGUAUGGCACGAGCUGGGCAACUUUCAGAGAAAGGCAUCAAAUUUGUUGGAUCAAUAUCUGGGUGGACUGCCACACUACUUUUCAUGUGGAUGCCAAUUGCGCAAAUGUGGACUAGUUUUCUCAAUCCUGAUAACAUCAAAGGCUUGUCGGCUUUCUCAAUGUUGCUGGCUAUGAUCGGAAACGGGCUUAUGAUCCCACGUGCGCUUUUUAUUCGUGAUCUGAUGUGGUUUACUGGUUCAUCUUGGGCAUCUUUUCUAUAUGGAUGGGGGAACCUCAUAUGCAUGUACUGUUUCAACAACAUUAGCAGAGAAUUCUUUCUGUUGGCAACCAUCAGCUUGUACACAUGGACAGGAAUUGCUUUAUGGAGAGACUCCAAAGCCUAUGGAUACAGUUCACCACUGUCAUCUUUGAAGGAGUUAUUUUUGGGCCCUGACUUCACCUGAGUAUUUCUGAUAUCAUGACCCUAUUCCACUGGGCCAAUUGAUUGAUGGAUCUUGUUUUUGUGCGGUGCUGACGGAGAAAAUUCAUUCAAUUCUAAUGCUACAGGAUGAUGCUCAACCUAGCUUUCAGAUAUUAGUCAUUGUAUUGCUCCCAGGAAAGGUGCACAAAGCCAACUGACCACAAAGAUUCAAUCCCAAAUAAGAUUCUUCAAUGGGAAUUAUUUACUCAUUUCCCAUAGUUAAAAUUGUAGUACGAAGCACUGCGCUGUUAAUAAAACUGUGUAAUGCUGAAUUAUUUCAAUUAUUACUAUUCAUUUCCACAGAUAACUUGGAUUGAAUUGUAAGGUGUCUCUAUAUAUUUCUUACAUAUGCAGCUUUCAGUGGCAGAUGGUUA